AUGCACACCUGCCAACCCGCCACCCUCGCGCUGCGCGCAGCUCGGUCGUCCUUGAAACCCAAAUCCUUCCGCCGCGGGUACAACUCAGACAUCGCUAUCACGCGGACAGGCAAGCCGAUCAUAAAGCAACCGGGAGGAAGGUCGUCGUUAGGAGGUUAUACAGUUACCGUGUUCGGUGCCAAUGGGUUCCUUGGAAGAUACAUCGUCCAGCGACUGGCGAAAAGAGGUUGUCAAGUUGUCGUUCCCUACAGAGAUGACAUGGCGAAGAGACAUUUGAAACCCACUGGCGACCUGGGAAGAGUUUCGUUCAUGGAAUUCGACCUGAGAAACACGGAGUCGAUUGAAGAGAGCGUACGACACUCCGAUAUUGUGUUCAACCUGAUUGGCAAGAAUUACCCGACCAAAAACUUCAGUCUGUGGGAUGUCAAUGUCGAGGGUGUGGAAAGAAUAGCUGAAGCCGUGGCAAAAUACGACAUCGACAGGUUCAUUCAUGUUUCAUCGUACAAUGCCGACCCUGACUCGCCAUCGGAGUUCUUCAGGACAAAGGCUAUGGGAGAGCAAGUUGCAAGGCAGCUCUUCCCCGAGACCACCAUCGUUCGGCCAGCCCCUUGCUUCGGCUUCGAAGACACUCUCCUGCAUCGUCUCGCCGGUGUCACCAAUUUGAUCACCGUGAACAACAUGCAGGAACGUUUCAAUCCGGUUCAUUCCAUCGACAUCGGGAUGGCACUGGAAAAGAUCGGCUAUGACGACACCACGGCGGGCGAGACCUUUGAACUCUACGGUCCCACCAACUACAGCAUGCGUGAAAUCGCCGAGCUCGUCGAUAGGGAAAUCCUCAAGGAACGCCGUCACAUCGACGUGCCUAAAGCCCUCCUCAAACCCAUCCUUUAUUACCUCAACAAGGUCAUUUGGUGGCCAAUUAUGACUGCGGACCAACUGGAACAAGAGUCGCUGGAUCAGACCGUCGAAAAGGGGGCCAAAACAUUUAAAGACCUCGGGAUCGAGCCGGCAGAGUUGAGAGAUCUGACGUACUUGUAUCUGCAAGACUAUCGCAGCAGCUCCUACUAUGAUUUGCCGCCUGCGACGGCAAGGGAGAAGAAGGAGGCAAAGAAAUAUCUGCAUGUAAUUGAUGAUCAGUAG